AACUUAUGCACCAAAACAGAAAAAAAAAAAAAAAAACAAACUUGUUCACAAGAGUUUAUUGCAAUUUGAGUUGAUUCCAGAAUGGUGAAGAAGAAGGAACAGGAAGAGAUCAGUAGUCAAGAAGAUGGAAGAACGCAGCCUCUCCUUCCUCCCUCUGAGGAUAAUGAUAAAGAAGAUCUCCCUUUUACUCCAACCCUUCUUCUCAGCAUCUUGGCAGCUGCUUGUGGCUGCUUAUCCACUGGAUGCAUUGUGGGAUACUCUUCUCCAGUUGAGUACCAAAUCAUUGAAGAACUGGGUCUCUCAGUUCAAGAGUACUCGUUUUUUGGGUCAAUGAUGAUUGUGGGAGGGCUGGUGGGUUCUAUAGUAGGUGGAAAGAUUACAGAACUCAUUGGAAGGAAACGUACGAUGUUGGGUCUGGGUGGACUGUUCAUAGUUGGAUGGCUGACUAUUGCAACUGCAGAGGGUGCUUUGCAACUUGAUUUUGGAAGGCUGUUACUUGGGAUUGGAUCAUCCAUCACUCUUUAUCUGGCACCUGUUUAUGUUGCAGAGAUCACACCCAAGAACCUACGGGGAGCAGCUGUGUCAGUCACUCAGUUGACAAUGGUUUGCAGCAUUUCAUUCACAUUCCUUGUGGGUUCAUUCAUCAACUGGCGUGCCUUGGCUCUAAUAGGAGCAAUUCCAGGCCUAGUGCAGCUGGUUCUUACAUUCUUCAUUCCUGAGUCUCCAAGGUGGCUGGCUAAAACUGGCAGGGAAAAGGAGUUUGAAGCUGCUCUGCUGCAGCUUAGAGGAGGAAAUGCUGAUAUUUCUUGGGAAGUUGAUGAAAUCAAGGAGUACACCAAAAUCAUCCAUAGUAUAUCCAAGGACAGCAGCAUCUUGGAUCUGUUCCAGAAACAGUAUGCAAUUCCUUUAAUAGUUGGAAAUGGGUUAAUGGUGCUGCAGCAAUUCUCAGGGAUGAACUCAUACACAUUGUAUACUGGCGCUAUCUUUGUUUCUGCAGGAAUCCCAAAUACUGCUGGGUUCUUGACAGUGGCAUCUUUCCAGCUUGUGGGAACAGUGUUGACUGCAGCGUUGAUGGAUAGGUAUGGGAGAAGACCCCUUUUACAGGCUGCAGUUAUUGGAACAUGCUUUGGGAGCCUGCUUACUGCACUGUCAUUCAUCCUACAGGGCUUUGAGGGAUGGAGUAAAGUGACUCCAACUCUGGCGCUCCUUAGUGUACUGAUAUAUUCAGGGUCUAUGUCGGUUGGGAAUGGAAUCCCAUGGAUAAUAGUGGCAGAGAUAUUUCCUCUGAACAUCAAAGGGUCAGCAGGGACAAUGUGCUGUCUAUCCUACAAUGUAUCUUCACUCAUGGUCUCAUUCUCUUUCCAGUCUCUGCUCCAAUGGAGCCCUCCAGGUACUUUCUUGCUAUAUGCAAGUGCAAGUGUGGUGGCAAUAGGGUUUGUUGCCAAGUUGGUUCCUGAGACUAGAGGGAGAACCCUUGAAGAGAUCCAAUCCUCUUUUACCCAGAAGUGAAUCAAAAUUCAAAACCAACACCCAAACUACCUGUGGAAAGAAAAGAACAAGAAAAGAAAAACAACCAACACUAUAUAGCAGCUUUCACUAAAGUGGCAAAUUACAUGGGAUCCUUGUAUAAUACAAACGAUGUAAAAGCGUAUUGCUUACUUGUCACAGUGUACCAGAGUUACCUGAAUUUACUAGUUGUUUGUAGGGGUGGCCGUUCGGUGUCCGGUUACCGGUUAACCGGUCGGUUAAACCGAUAAUCGACCGGUUAUCCACUAACCGGCAAUCAAAGUAACCGAACUUUGGUUGGUUAUCGGAAGCUAGACGUAAUGCUUUUUGUCUUAAAAGUGAUUCGGUUAACCGAUAACCGAGAUAACCAGGAAAUCAAAGUCUAUUUCGGUC